AUGAUGAGUGAGAUCAAGCAUGUUGACAAUCAAAAUGCUGUUAACUCAUUGAAGAAGCAAAAGCAACUGGUAAAGGAUGCUGCCGAGUUCCUUGUUAAACACCAAAUCCCAAGUUUUGUUCAUGACUGUUUGGACCAUACUGCAGCUCCUAUGGAUGGAACCACACUCACGGAAACUUUGCAUAGCCGAGGCAUAAAUGUACGCUAUUUGGGUAAAGUUGCUAACCUGCGUCCUAUUAGGCAACUGGAAUGCUUGCACACAAUUGUCGUCUCGGAGCUGGUCAUCCGCGCUGCUAAGCACGUCUUCACCACAUACAUGCAAAAUACAGAAAUGAUGAGUAUGGCCGCGGUCAUCGGCCACUUUUUGAACUGCUUCCUUACGACCACUACCGCUGUGUCGCAUUCGGGGAGCACAUCCGAAUCGGAUGCCCUAACCAAAUCAGGAUCUUCCGGCGGCAAACAGCAACGUCGUCAAAACAAACGUUCCGGGGGUAGCAAGGGUGGCAAACCUUCAUUCCAGUGCACUCAGGACAAUAACAAAUGGCAGCAGCUGACAUCGAAAUCUCUUUGGUCUCAGGUUAAGCAGGAGCUUAAAUCGUAUUGGGAGUAUGAAUUGCUUCCAGCAGGAUCGCAUGAAUCUGCCGAUCCAGUCGUAGCUUACUAUCGUCUGCAGAAGAUCAGUUUGUUGCGUGCAUUUUGUCUGAAGACUGGGGUUCAAAUCCUGCUUAGGGAAUACAAUUUCGAAUUGAAGAACAAGUCUACUUUCGGUGAGAACGACAUCGUAAACAUGUUUCCCGUGGUCAAGCACAUUAAUUCCAGGGCUUCCGAUGCAUACAACUUCUACACCACCGGGCAAAGCAAAAUCCAGCAGGGCUACUUCAAGGAUGGCUAUGACCUGAUCAGCGAAGCACUCAAUCUCCUGAACAACGUUUACGGAGCUAUGCAUCCGGAGAAUGCCCAGUGUUUGCGCAUGUUAACCCGUUUUAAUUACAUCAUGGGAGAUCCACAGGAGGCCCUUGCCAUUCAGCAGUGGGCGGUGCUCAUGAGCGAGAGGGUCAACGGUAUUGAUCAUCCGUACACUAUCGCGGAAUACGCUCCUCUUGCACUAUACUGCUUUGCCAAUAGUCAAAUCAGCACUGCCCUGAAAUUGUUGUACCGUGUCCGGUACCUUGCCACAAUUGUGUGCGGCGAAAGCCAUCCGGACAUUGCCCUAUUGGAUAGUAACAUCAGCUUGAUUCUUCAUGCCGUUGGUGAGUACGAACUAUCGUUGCGCUUCCUUGAGCAUGCCUUGGCGCUUAACAUUAAAUACUACGGCGAGAAGUCCCUGAAGGUAGCCGUCAGCUACCAUCUGGUGGCACGGACGCAAAGCUGCAUGGGCGAUUUUCGGUCUGCACUGAACAACGAAAAGGAAACGUACGCCAUCUACAAGCAGCAGCUCGGCGAAACGCACGAGAAGACGCAGGAAUCGUCUGAGUGCUUGCGCCAUCUGACCCAACUGGCGGUCGUGUUGCAAAAGAAGAUGAACGAUGUCUACUCCAAUGGAAAAUUAACCAGUGGACUACCGCCGAUUCACAUUCAGCCACCGUCGAUGGGUUCGGUGCUGGACAUGCUAAAUGCGAUCAACGGUAUUAUUUUCAUACAUAUUAGUUCCAAAGAAAUCGCCAAUUUGAAGAACGAGAUCGAAAAGCGCCAAAAAGAAGGUGGCACUCCGGAGCAGCUCGCUGCUGCACAAGCCAGCCAGGAAGACGUUGAUCGCAUGCUGACCAAAACCAUGGCCAAGACCGCCGCCAGAAUUCCGUUCGAAGAGCACGACAAACAUGAGUUGCCCGUUGCUUCCGGUGCCAUUAGUAGUACGCAGCCAGCCACAAAGGACGAUAGCAGCACAAGCGGCUGA